AUGAAGAAACAGAUCGCUUCUGAUCCUGACCCGGAAAGUAUCACACAUACACAAUCUCAGGUCGGCGAAGGCUUUGUUAGCAAACCAAUUCAAGAUGAUGCUGUCUUUGGUGAGAUUUGUGAAGGAGAUACAAACUAUCGCGAUGUGAGCUGGAUGGGGACAACAGCUCUCUUGAUCAAAACCCAAAUAGGCCUAGGUGUUCUUUCGAUGCCGAAGGUUUUCGACAUCCUCGGAAUAGUGCCCGGGAUUGUUGUUCUUCUUACAAUUGCCGGGAUGACGAGUUGGUCGAACUGGAUGGUGGGUGUCUUCAAGCUACGCCAUCCUAGUGUUUAUGGAAUUGACGACGUGGGAAAAAUGCUUUUCGGGCGAGCUGGAUUCGAGCUAUUUGGUGCGGCGUAUACCUUGUACUGGAUAUUCGCUGGUGGUUCUGCUUUGCUGAGCAUCUCGAUCUCAUUUAACGCGCUCUCUGGCCACGCCGCCUGCACUGCCAUCUUCGUGGCCGUUGCUGCCAUCAUUGCCUUCAUAUUCUCUAGCAUCCAAACCCUUGCUCGUAUAAGCUGGCUCGCCUGGUUAGGCGCGGCAUGUAUUAUCACUGCGGUCUUCAUUGUCACUAUCGCUGUUGGAGUCCAGGGCCAUGCACCUAUGAGUUCAGGUGUCAUCCCAGAACCAGAUUUCAAGUUAUUUGGUGACCCAACCUUUGUCGAAGCCAUGACCGCUGUAUCCACGAUAUGUUUGACAUACGCUGGAACCCCGGCCUUCUUUAACAUUGUUUCUGAAAUGCGUAAUCCACAGCUUUAUACUCGAUGCCUAGCAAUUUGCCAAAUCCUUGUUACGGUCAUUUACAUCGUGGUCGGAACGGUUGUCUACUAUUACUGCGGAUCGCAUGUUGCCUCGCCUGCUCUUGGCUCGGCAGGAAUAUUGAUUAAAAAGAUCAGUUAUGGUUUUGCUCUCCCCGGACUGAGUGUUUCCGCAAUUCUACUACUUCAUUUACCUGCAAAACACAUUUUCAUUCGAAUUCUUCGGGGCACCAAACACCUUACUACACCGACUCGGACACACUGGGUCGUCUGGCUAGGGUCCACAUUCAGUGUGAUCUCUGUCGCGUACAUUGUCGCAAGCAGCAUCCCUGUUUUUAGUGAUCUCGUAUCACUGGUUGGGGCUCUCUUAGCAACGCCUUUGUGCUUUCAGCCUAUGGGAUGUAUGUGGCUGUAUGAUAACUGGGGACCCGGCAAGCGAGACAAGUCUGCGAGAUGGUGCGUGGGUGUUGCCUGGUGUGUCUUUGUCAUUCUGACUGGCUUCUUUUUGACAAUUGGGGGAACAUAUAGCUCUAUAGUGAGCAUCGUUACUUCUUACCAGAGGUCGGGGGAAUCAUCCGCCUGGUCCUGUGCCAACAAUGAUAAUUAA